UCCAGACAAUGCUGGUGUUCCAAGCUAGUAUACAUAUCUGCAUUUUUCAGAUUUGGAUUAGGCUGUUAAAAAUGAAAUUAAAAAAUAUUGGUAGAGUGACAGUUCUUCUUCUGGUUCAACUCAGCCUCUGCAGAGGACUUAAUGUUAUUCCCGAGGAUGGAUAUGAAGAACUUCGGAAUCUGCUAAAUCGUUUAGAAUCAAGAACCAGAACUCUGGAGGCUAGAGUAGAGUACCUAGAACAGGAGUUGAACUCACUCGAUCAAAUCACAAGGGAACAGAAUUCCAGCGUUAAGAUCACCAGGACGGAUACACCGGUCGUUGAAAUCUCUAGGCUUGAGAGGUUGGAGCAGAGGUUUGAGAUUAUGGAGGAGAUCUUGGCUCAACCUGAUGGGAAACAGGAUGUUAAGUACGAUGAACUACAAAAAGGAACUAGAACCGGGAAACAAUUUCUCUUUUCCUUCUUCCCUGCAUCCAGUUCAACUGCAUCAUCUUCUACAUCAUGCUCAUGCACAUCAGAGAUACAGCAGCUUAAUGACGUUAUCAAUUUUGUAUCAGCUAGGUCUAAACCAGUACAGGGUGGUGUAGCUGGAGGUUAUGAAAUCUUUGAUGAGGCUCAAUUUCAAUAUAGUGAGAUAUUUGCGAAUAUAACGAACCUAUACAGUAAGGUUCAGGCCAACAGAGCGGAUAUAGAUACUAAAUGCAGCAAAAAGAAAUGUGAUAUGAUAUUGAACAAGGCAAAGAAGGUGAACCAAAUGGUAAAGUUCCUCUCCACCAUGAACAUCACUUACUUAGAGACCGUCGUGAACAUGCUCAGUACAAGUACUGCCACUGCUACAUUAACCAACCUGGACGCAUGUUUGAAGGAUCCCACCUCUGCUACAUGUACUGCUGCUUAUGGGUGA